CCUUGGCUACAAUGAACGCAUAUUAUAUAUAAACAACUUAAUCAAACAUUUAAUACGAAAAAACAUUGAUUGCGUUGACACCUCUAAACGUCCAAUCAGUUCUGGUGGUGGAGUGAAUGACUCCCCUGAAUCUAUUCGCAGCUGCUCUGUCGCUUCCAUGAUCCACUUCAGUCCGGAUUUGGCAAGGAAAGGAACAGCUGCUGUAACGUUUUUGCAAUUUCAGGAGAGAAGACACAGACAGUAGUAGAAUAUGAGUGGUGGACAGGGGUCCCAGCAGCACUGGAGACUGCGAGAGCAGCAGCCGUAGUGGAUCAUGGCCGAGGACUAUUGGGAGCGUGCGGCGGCUUUGGGAUAUUAUUACUGCUGUUAAGAUUACACGAGCAACGCACACUUAUUCACUCACACGGGAUUUCAAGUCCACCGGGCGGUUGAACAGUGGCAGCCCCUCCACCCUCCUCAUCUCUGCCCCCCCUUCCCCCACUGAUGGACCGCAUGAGGAAGAUCAAACGGCAGCUGUCCCUGACACUGCGGGGGGGUAACAGCGGGGACAAGACCAUGAGCGAGACCAUCAGCUCUCAGGACACAGGAGCGCACAGCGAUUCCGAGGCCAUGCCAGUUGGGGGCAGUGGUGGUCUGCGGGGUUCAGUGAGAGGUUCGGGGGGUUCCUUCAGCAUGCACUCCCUCCUGCAGUCCUACAGCAGUGCUCUGCGCAGACCACGCAGCCUGGGCCGCAGUCUCAGCUCCUAUCUCAACCACACCACACACCUCGAGAUUGUCCAUGAAGAUGUAAAGAUGGGUUCUGACGGAGAAAGUGAUCAGGUUUCGGCCACGUCUUCCGAGGAGGUGCACAGCCCCGUCCGAGUUCGUCUGAGAAACAACCCCGGCCGCAAGAUUUCCACAGAGGACAUAAAUAAGCGUCUGUCUCUGCCAGCUGAUAUAAGACUUCCUGAUGGCUACCUGGAGAAAUUUAACCUCAACAGUCCACUGUUUGACAAACCGCUCAGCCGAAGAUUACGCCGAGUAUCGCUGUCUGAGAUUGGAUUUGGGAAGCUGGAGACUUAUGUGAAACUGGAUAAAUUGGGGGAGGGCACCUAUGCUACGGUAUAUAAGGGCCGCAGUAAGUUGACCGAUAACUUGGUGGCCCUGAAGGAGAUCCGUUUAGAGCAUGAAGAAGGAGCCCCAUGCACUGCCAUUAGAGAAGUGUCUCUGUUGAAGGACCUGAAACAUGCCAACAUUGUGACUCUUCAUGACAUCAUCCACACUCAGAAGUCUCUUACUCUUGUGUUUGAGUACCUGGAUAAAGACCUGAAACAGUACCUAGACGACUGUGGGAACUGCAUUCAUAUGCACAAUGUCAGGCUCUUCCUGUUUCAGCUGUUGCGAGGUCUGAACUACUGUCACAGACGCAAAGUACUUCACAGAGACCUCAAGCCUCAAAAUCUCCUGAUCAACGAUCGCGGGGAGCUGAAACUGGCCGACUUUGGUCUGGCACGUGCAAAGUCGAUUCCCACCAAGACCUACUCCAAUGAGGUGGUGACCCUUUGGUACCGCCCCCCUGACAUCUUAUUGGGUAGCACAGACUAUUCCACUCAGAUUGACAUGUGGGGUGUUGGCUGUAUCUUCUACGAGAUGUCGACAGGCCGGCCCUUGUUCCCAGGCUCCACAGUUGAGGAGGAGCUGCACUUUAUCUUCAAACUGCUUGGUACGCCCACAGACGAGACCUGGCCCGGAAUAACCUCCAACGAGGAAUUCAUCUCCUAUAACUACCCCCGUUACCGCGCCGACUGUCUCCAUAACCACACUCCACGAUUGGACAAUGAUGGAGUCGAGCUUCUGUCUAAACUGCUGCAGUUUGAGGGGAAAAAACGCAUCUCGGCAGAGGAAGCCAUGAAAAACCCAUACUUCCACUGCCUGGGCGAAAGAAUUCUCAAACUGCCUGACACUACAUCAAUAUUUGCACUUCAAGAUAUUCUGCUGGAGAAGGAGCCAGGAAUGAGGACAAGCUCGCUGUCAGAAUCAGUCAACAGCAUAUCUCAACGACAGAGCCUGCUCUUCUGAGGGCAUAUUGGGUGGCUCGGGACGGGCAGAAGAAAGAUAUACGGCAGGACGCAUUGAGACAUUUCCUGUUGUGAAGAUGAAGGGAUAUCUCUUUUUUUCAUUUCUGUGACUCAUUGCUAGUCCUGUGGCAUUAUGUGUGUAGAAUGGGUCACUAGCUGUUUACAUGGAGAUGCAGAGGACGAUAUCGUCAUGUUUGUUUGAUUUGUGGACUUGAUUUCUGUUUCAAAUGAUGAUGCACUCCCCUUACUCCCAUGUUCUUCCUGUUCACAGUACCUUCUCAACACUGAUUUGUCAAUCAAACCACUGUAAUCAACAAAUCAGAUGUAUGUUAUUGGCUAUCAGAUGACCUGCUUGGGUUUCAAGUGCACAAGCUCUGCAUCCGUUCCCUAAAACAAAUGUUUUUUUGCAAUACUUUUGAACUGUAAUCUAUGUAGAAGACCAUUUUAUGAAGGAAUGUCACUUAGAGCACGAAUACUGUUAAAAUCAGUCAACAACAAGCCAAGACAAUGAAGGUGAUCAAUCCAGUCUUCCAGAAUAAUAGUCCCCUUCAUUAUUGUAAUCAGCCCUCCUGUCCAAAGACUAACAUUUAGUACUAUGCCAACAUAGUGAUUCUGUGAUCAUCAACAAUAAUCUAUGUUAUUUGUAUUCAUCAGAACAUUGAAGUUAAGCUGUAUGUCAGUCUUGCUUCAAUCGACCAUGCUCCUAAUGAUUUCAUUUCUGUUUCUGUUUGCAAAAUCAUUUCACCUUCAGUUGUUUACAUUAUUAUUAUUGUCUUUGCCAUGCAAUACAUUUUUAUAAUCUAGAAAAUGGUUUCACCAAAGACCCCACAUCUCCUCUUUCUCUCCCACUUGCUUUGACCUGGAUUGAGCUUCCAAUUAUCAUCAUGUUGAAGUUGAACCCUCUCAUAACCCACUGAAGAUUCAUCAGCUACACUGUGUCAAGAACAAACAUUGGCAAGGAUUUUCUGCGUAAAGCAAGAAAGCCUCCUCUAUUCUCAUUUUCUGACUCGGAUACAGAGUUUAUGCCAUAUUGAUAAUAUCUCCAUUACUGCGGCACUCUAGCCGAAUUCUAUGGUGGUUCUGUCAGUGAGCUCAUAAUGGGAUGCCCGGGCAUGAGUGGAGAACGGGUUGGCUCAGGUUUCUGUCACUCUGCAGAACAGCUGAGUGCGGCAGAUAAUGUUUCACAUUUCGCCCCGGUUGUUCAUUCUCCGCAGGUUUUGGAGUGCAUCGGUGUCGCUUAACGCUCUGCAAAUCCAUCUCUGGCAUGUACACACCAAGGCCUCUAUCGUCUACCGUUCCACAAAUGUGAUUAUUGGGUGAAUCCCUCAAAAACAUGUCUGGGUUCUAUUUCAGCUUAAAAUAAGAAAUUAUAUUUUGCUUAAAGAAAGUUAUGUAUGUUUUUAGGACCAUUUAGAACCUUGUUUUCAUAACAACUAAGAAAUGGGACAUUUUAGUUUGCGUAUUUUUAGAAAUUACAAUGUUUAAUUAUGUAUACUUCAAUUUAAAGUAUAUAUACAUAUGGUAGUAUUAGUUGUUCUCCCUUUAAUAUAUGCUGAGGAAAAUACAUUAAUAAAUGCUACACUAAGAAUUUAAAGUAAUAUAAAAUCAUAAAAAAAUAAAAAUCCAGUGUAGAAAUUUGAUUUCCUAGAAUUUGCGAAAUUAUCAUAAAAAUAAUGUAACAAUGAAAUUUUAAAAAUGAUAUUAAAAAAAAUAUUAAUGGUUCUAAAAUAUGAUUCUAAAAUAUUAUUAAUUUUCUUUAUGCAAAAUGUAAAUGUUUUUCCUUUAGAUUUUGAGAUAAAAUAUGACCGAUUUUAUGACAUGAUUUCUUGAGAUUCACCCUGUUAGAACUGAACUUAUUCAGUUUCCAUCAAUGUUAUUGAAUGGAUGAUAUGUUUAGUAAAUAUUCAGGUUUUUAUUAUUGUUGUUAUUUCAAGCAAUCUCACAAAAACCUGUAAAGAACACGUGGGCCAUAUUUCAACCCAAAAACUUAAUUUUUAUUUUGCUUAAAGAAAAUGAUUUUCAGGGCCGUUCAUAUUUUUGCAUUGUUACAUUUAUUUUCAUGACAAUUAAGCACAUUUUUCUAAAUUGUAAUUAUGGUGAUUCCAAAAAAUUUAUGUGAUAUGAAAAAAACAUUUGCACUGUAUUAUAAUUUGUAUUUUAAUAUGUAUUGCAUUUAAAUAUAUAUAUUUAGUAUAUUUAAACCAAUUACUGUUUAAAUGAGAUUCACGGUCAAGAAAGAGAACUACAAAAGUAUGCCGAAGAUAUUGAGAAGUUGGGAUGGAAAUGUAUUUAGUUGUCAUGAAAAUAAUGCCCUUAAAAAAGUUUUAUAAAAAGGAUAAAUUUUCCUGAUGCAAAAUAUAAUAUUUUUAUUUGUAUUUAUUUUUGUUGGAUGAAAAAUUGCAUGUUUUCAUUUCACUCUUUUAAAGAUUUAAAAACCAAUGUGAUUACAACCUGUUCUCAAUUUCCAUCAGUUUCACUGAAUGGAUAUUUUUAGUAAGUUUUUGUUUUUGAGGCAAUCACAAAACUUUAGUCUUCUGGUGAUAUAUUGUGAUUUUUCUUCCUCCCUGCUUGAGUAUACCUGUGUGUGUAUGAGACAGAUUCUCUCAUUGAGGGAAAUGCAGACUUGCAUGGCAGUGUUUUAUAGUUUAAGACUGUGAUACAUUGUAAAUAGCCUUAGAAUUAUUAUUUUUUUGCAAAUCAGAGUGGAGAGUGCAAUGAAAUAUCCUCCUAACAUGGUAUAAUUUUUAAAAGAAUAUAAUUUUUGUUGUACUAGUCUUUGAUUACAUUGUUAUUGUGUUCUAAUUUUUUAUGAGAUGUAGUAACCAACAGAUGUUACUACCAUAGGAGACUUCUGUGGUGUAGAUAUUUGGUUUUGAUGUUUGUUAGUUCAUAAGAAUGAAAUGGCUCGUCUAAUUUAAAGCUUUCAUCUGGAAUGUGGACAGAUUGAUGUGAAAGGGCUUUAAUGGCUGAAUGUGGUUGUAGCUGGCUGUUCAUUACUGCGCAAUAAUUGCAAACAUAUACGCAAUAAUUUUUUUUUUUACACCUAUCCCAUUUUCAGAUAUAGCUUCGAAAUUAAUUUCUGGAAAAAGUGCAUACAGAUAUAUAUAUAUAUAUAUAUCAAAUAUCACCAGAAAUUGUCCAGCAAAACACAUGGCUGUAUUAUUGCCCAUUUUAUGUGGAAUCUAAUAAGUGUGAUUUUGAUAUGAUUGUGGGUGAAAUGCUUUUCUAAAUAGAGACAUUCUGAGCCAAUAUAGAUGUCAUACAUUUUUCCGUAUGGGUAAACAAUUUUGGUGUUUCUUUUGUAGAAUCCAAAUGUUUGGAAUGGGCAUUUAACUGCUAAAAGAACCUUGAUAAUUUAUCAGUACAGUAUUAUUAUCUAUUCAUAAUUUAUUUUGCAAUUGCACACAACAAGAGCCCAAUGUUUCUGGAUUUACAGCUAUUUAACUGGUGUUUUCAGGUUGGGAUUUUUCCAUAAGUAAAGGCAAGAGAAAGAUGCAUUUAGAUGUUAUACAGUACAAAUAUCUUAAAAGCAGUAAACACAUGAAGCAAUACUCAAUGUAAAUGCAUAUUUCUUUUCUUAUGGAUCUUUAAUGCAGGAAAUCCUCUCAGAUGGCCAUAGUAUAUUUUAUGAUUGACAAUAAGUUGAAAUAAUUAUGCAUAUAUGAAUGCUCCCUCCUAUAUAAGCUUAGGGGUGUUAACCCAAAUAAUAAUUGUAUAUGGUUUGGUGCA